AAUCAACGAAAUCGUAGAACACACUAUUUUUCUAAACGAAAGCUUGUACACCAUCCCCUGAGUGCUCGUUUUGCUCUAUCCGAUCCAAAGAAUGGCGUGCUAGUCUCUAUUUGGACAUUCGAUUCGUAAAAAUAUUUAUAUUACGAAUAAAUUAAUGCAGGGAUUUUUCUAGGGACUGUCGGUAAAGUUUUCAACGCUAGCAUCAACGAAACAUCUUUUUCGUACAUACAAAUACGAUAAUUUUAUGAGAAAAAUACAAGAAUAAAGUUAUACUUAAGAUGCGUCUUACAAGUAUAUUGCUUUACAAAGUUCAUAAUAUUCCAUAUCGAUUCCGAGGAAAGCAUGGGAAAAUUAAAAAGCCUACUUUUAAGGAUAUAAUGCUAUUUAAACAAGAUAUUGAGAGAGAAGAACAAAAUAUGUUGUUACUAAGACAUCCGUAUUUAACUAGCGAACAGACCCAUGGUCAUAUGAAAGAAGUUAUAUUACAAAAAAGGAUUGAUUUCAUAACUGAAAAGCGUGAAGAGCUAAAUCAAAAGUUUAACAGAGAAAUUACAAUCGCAGAUCGAUUAAACCAUUUGAAAGUACGGGAAGCCUGGGAUUAAGGUUUUCAUUAUAGUUGCAAUAAUAGGUUUUAUUA